AUGAACAGUCUGAUCAUUCUCUCGUUUGCAUUCGUCUUUUUGUUAUCUUCAACGUCUGCAUGGCCGUUUCGUCGAAGAGACGUGUUAGACAAUUCGGUGAACAGUCCUGACGGUGUGAUCGCUCAUCUUCAGCAUUUUGGACCGAUGCUUUAUCGGUUUCCCGAUAACGAAACUGGGACGAUCGUAGCGAGCUGGCACGAGGGCUGGGACAGAAAUCCGGAGGAAUUGGGAAACUAUGCGGAGGGUGAUAUCCUUUUUCCGCCGCAGCUCGAAAAAAAUGGCCUGAAAGCGGAGUCCGCUAGAUGGCCUGGCGGUGUUGUGCCUUAUAUGAUUAGUCCUUAUUUCGAUACUCAAAAGCGAAACUUGAUUUUCGACGCCAUGAAUGACUAUCACAAAUAUACUUGCAUCAAGUUCAAACCCUAUACUGGUGAGGAGAACGAUUAUAUUAGAAUCACUGCUGGAAAUAGCGGCUGCUGGAGCAGCGUAGGAAGAAUCGGUGGACAGCAGGACGUAAAUCUUCAAGUUCCAGGCUGUUUGGUGAAAAAGGGUACAGUGAUACACGAAUUGAUGCAUGCAAUAGGGUUUUUGCACGAGCAGAGUAGAUUCGAGAGGGACGAAUACGUGACGAUCCAGUGGCAAAAUAUUUUGAAUGGACAUACUGGAAAUUUUGAAAAAGCCUCAAAACAGACCACUGACGCGUUCGGUGUUGGCUAUGAUUAUGGCAGCGUGAUGCAUUAUUCUGCAAACGCGUUUUCCAAGAACGGUCAACCCACCAUAAUGCCCAAAGAAACUGGCGGCCUUCUAAGUUUUAUUGGCGAAAUAUUCCAGGGUGCGAACAAAGGUCAGCUGGGACAAAGAGAAGGCUUCAGCAAGAGGGACAUUCAAAAGAUCCGGAAGAUGUACAAAUGUGGCAAACGUAGAAGAAACAGUUACUGAUUUUUGGAAAGUUGAACGAUUACUUGAUGGAAACUUUGACGUCCUCUAGCUUCUACAGGAAAGAUGAAAGUGGAGAAUCUAGUCCUUUAAUUAAGCUUUACCUCGUCUUUAAACUCUGUAUUC